AUGGUAGGACAUUGCAUUGAUGAUGUCAUUCAUGACAAAAUAUUGAACCCUGGGAGUGUUAUUCCCAAGAGUUCAGUGUCUUUUCAACUCAGUGUGCAGAUGUUUUUGAGCAAAAUUUGUUUGUUUUAUCCUUCCGAACCACUGGAUGUCAAAACCAAGUUUUACAAUUCAGACAAGGAUGACUUGUUUCUUGAAGUCCAGAUUGAAAACAUUUCCCAUUCGACUGUGUUUAUACGAGAAGUGUCCUUGAAGCUACCUGAAAUGUACACUGAGGAAGCAUUAAACACUCUCAACCUGGAAGGAGAAGAUGAGUGUACGUUUGGAACCAGGACCUUUCUGCAGGCAACAGAAGGACGCCACUACUUAUACCACUUGCAGUUCAAGGAGGAAUAUUUGGAGAAAGCGAGAACCCUUAGUGGGCUAAUGGAAAUGGGGAAGUUAGAGAUCGUGUGGAAAAGGGAACUUGGAGAAAUGCCAAUGCUACACACAGUCCCACUUCGAAGAGAAGCUCCAAGUUGUGGAGAACUGAAGCUGUCUUUGGAGAAAAUUCCAGAUACUGUAGCCCGAGAAGAACCUUUUCAAAUUACCUGCAAGAUAACAAAUUGCACUGAUAAGAAAAUGAAACUGCUUUUGAAAAUGUUUGAUACGACUUCGGUCCGUUGGUGUGGAUGCUCAGGAAGAAAGCCUGGUAGGUUGAAGCCAGGCUCAUCUCUGUCAUUUACCCUGACACUACUGUGCUUACAGCUCGGCCUGAGGAGCAUCUCUGGCAUACGGGUAAUAGAUACAACAUUAAUGACCAAAUAUCGCUAUGAUGAUGUUGCAAAUGUCUGCGUACUGCCUUCCAUAGUUAACAUGAAAUGCUAA